AUGAGUGGCAAGCAAGGACAUACUGGGCCAUGUGUCGCCCACAAGAACACGAACAGGAUCUACUUAGGACCCGGUGAGGGCACCGCGAUGCGGGAUGCCAUUGAUGCCGCACACAAACGGGUCCAUGGACUGCUUCCUCCAGAUCUCGUCAUUCGACAUCGAUGGAGCGACAACUUCGAGGUACACGCGCACAUGCUGUGCUACCAAUCUCUCUAUCUCUUCCGCAGAUGCAAGCCCCGUCUGGAAUCUGAUCCGAUGAUUGCUAACACGGGACUGCUCCCAGCUCUCAACAUCCCAGACCCUGUCCACCCGAAGGAUGGCAACAGAGGAAAGCAGUGGAUUGAGUGA